AAUAUUUAUUACUGGUGAACUAUUACAAUGAUGUAAAAAUAUGAUUUUUGCCAGUAAAUUUCCUGUUAAGAUAAAUAAAUUGGAUGCACACAGAAAAAAGACUUUGCAGGCCUGGGUACUGCAUACGAAGCAAAUGUUACCAGCAGAGACAGGAAAACAGCAGCUGUGCACCAUUCUUGGACACAAAGUCCUCAGGAGUCACGAGGUUAGCGCAGGAUCUGUUUUUUCAUGUCUGGUUUUGCUGACUACAGAGUCACUUAGUCAACGAUAAUAAUCAGAAUAAAAGUCCUCUCCUAAAGUUAGACUAGUUUUAUGCUCAUCUAUGGCAAGGAAAAGCAAGUCAAAUCUGUCAGAAUUAUAUCUAGAAGAAAACAAAGAUCAGAUAUAUGAAAAUGCCCUUGCUGAGAUCCAGUCCUUUCAGCUGCCUCUUGGAACCACCCUAAGGUCUGUAUAUGAUGACCAACCAAAUGCACAUCAGAGGUUUAUGGAAAAACUAGAUGCCUGCAUACGUAACCAUGACAGGGAGAUAGAAAAGAUGUGCAAUUUUCACCAUCAGGGCUUUGUGGAUGCUAUUACAGAACUUCUUAAAGUUAGGGCUGAUGCAGAAAAAUUAAAGGUCCAAGUUACUGAUACCAACCGAAGGCUUCAGGAUGCUGGGAAAGAGGUGAUAGCCCAAACAGAGGAAAUCAUCCGAUGUAGAGUUCAGCAACGGAAUAUUACAACAGUUGUGGAAAAACUACAGUUGUGUCUUCCAGUGCUGGAAAUGUACAGCAAACUAAAAGAACAGAUGAAUGUAAAAAGAUACUAUUCUGCUUUAAAAACAAUGGAACAGCUAGAAAAUCUAUAUCUUCCUAGAGUUAGCCAAUACCGGUUUUGCCAGAUAAUGAUAGAAAAUCUUCCAAAACUGCGUGAAGAAAUAAAAGAAAUAUCCAUGUCAGAUCUCAAGGAUUUCUUAGAGAGUAUUCGAAAGCAUUCUGACAGAAUUGGGGAAACUGCCAUGAAGCAGGCACAGCAGCAGAAAACCUUUAGUACCGCUCUUCAGAAGCAGAAUAAUCUAAACUAUGGUCGGAAUAUGCAUUUAGGUAGAAGUAGAAUUUUGGAAUCCAAGAAUGAAAUUACAUUGAAGCGAACAUUUGAAGAUGAUGAUGAACAUGAAGAAGAGGUUUUAACUGCCCAAGAUCUUGUAGACUUUUCUCCAGUCUAUAGGUGUUUGCACAUCUAUUCAGUUUUGGGUGAUGGAGAAAUAUUUGAAAAUUACUACAGAAAACAAAGAAGGAAACAAGCAAGAUUAGUUCUGCAGCCGCAGUCAAGCAUGCAUGAAACAGUAGAAGGCUAUAGAAGAUACUUCAGUCAAAUUGUAGGUUUCUUUGUAGUAGAAGACCACAUUUUACAUGUAACCCAAGGGUUGGUAACUAGAACAUAUACCGAUGAACUCUGGAACAUGGCCCUUUCCAAGAUCAUUGCUGUUCUUAGAACACAUUCAUCAUAUUGCAGUGAUCCCGACCUUGUUCUGGAACUGAAGAAUCUCAUUGUAGUAUUUGCUGAUACUUUGCAGGGCUAUGGUUUUCCCGUGAACCGACUAUUUGAUCUUUUAUUUGAGAUAAGAGACCAAUACAAUGAAACACUUCUUAAAAAGUGGUCUGGAUUGUUCAGGGAUAUUUUUGAAGCAGACAACUAUAGCCCUAUUCCUGUAGCAAAUGAAGAGGAAUACAAAAUAGUUAUAAGCAAAUUUCCUUUUCAAGAUCCAGAACUUGAUAAGCAGGGAUUUACCAGGCAAAUGUACAGCUGCAUGUCAUUAAUACAGUAUUGCAGUGAAGAUGAAAAAGGAAAGCAAUCCUUUCCAAAGAAGCUUCCAAUGUCUCAGUCAGUGCCUCAGAUUUAUAUCCAGGUUAAGGAAUUUAUUUAUGCAAGCCUUAAGUUUUCAGAGUCACUUCACCGCAGCUCAACAGAAAUAGAUGAUAUGCUCAGAAAAUCUACAAAUUUGCUGCUUACAAGAACUCUAAGCAGUUGUUUACAGAACCUAAUUAAAAAACCUCAUAUAGGUUUAACAGAGCUUGUUCAAAUCAUCAUAAACACAACACACCUGGAACAAGCUUGUAAAUACCUUGAGGAUUUUAUAUCUAACAUUACAAAUAUUUCACAAGUGUCUGUUCACACUGCAAGACUUUAUGGACUUUCUACAUUUAAGGAUGCAAGGCAUGCUGCAGAAGGAGAAAUAUACACAAAACUUAACCAAAAAAUAGAUGAAUUUAUUCAGAUUGCUGAUUACGAUUGGACAAUGUCUGAAUCGGAUGGAAGAGCCAGUGGAUACUUAAUGGACCUUAUUAACUUUUUAAGAAGCACAUUUCAAGUUUUUACUCAUUUACCUGGAAAAGUGGCCCAGACAGCUUGCAUGUCAGCCUGCCAGCAUCUUUCAACAUCCCUAAUGCAGAUGCUACUGGACAGUGAAUUAAAACAAAUAAGCAUGGGAGCAAUUCAGCAGUUUAAUUUAGAUGUGAUACAGUGUGAAUUGUUUGCUAGUUCUGAGCCUGUGCCAGGAUUCCAGGGAGACACCCUGCAGUUAGCUUUCAUCGACCUCAGACAACUCCUGGACCUCUUCAUGGUGUGGGACUGGUCCACCUACCUGGCUGACUACGGGCAGGCCACCUCCAAGUACCUGCGGGUCAAUCCGAGCACGGCCCUCACUCUCCUGGAGAAAGUUCACAGAGGAAUGAAAGACUCUAGCAAAAAGAACAACAUUUUUGCUCAGUUCAGGAAGAAUGAUCGUGACAAGCAGAAGCUAAUAGAGACUGUAGUAAAGCAACUUAGAAGUUUAGUGAAUGGUAUGUCCCAGCACACAUAGGCCUGUUAAAUCGACGGUAUCAUCAUGCCAAGAGGUAUUUCUCAGCCACUAUUUCUACUAAGCAAACAGUGAUAUCAGUUAGGACAUUUGUUUGACCGAGUAAAGGAAAAAUGCAGUAGAUGGCUUGUACACAGAGUCUUCAGCAAACAAUUCUUUGUACGUAUUUUUAAUGGAUUGAAUACUAUUUUGUAUAUUGUAAACAAAUGGUGAAAAACGAGACUGUACAAUAAAAACCAGCUCAAUCGUAUUGUACAUGGAACCGCUGAACUGUAAAUACGUUAUUUAAAUAUCUGCAGACACGGUGUCCAAAAUUUUGCUCCAGGUAGGAAUUAUUUGAGAAAUGAUCCCUUAGUUGCUGUUUUCUGGAUGAUCCUAAUUUGAUGUUUUUUAAGCAUUGAGAUACUUGCAUUUCAGAUGCCACCUAUCGUUUUCCUGCAUUAAAUGUAUAUUAGCCUUAAAGUGAUUGGACAUAAUUUUGUAUGCCAGAUUUUGUAGUCUGGAGGUACGAAAAAAUCUUCUGAUUUUUAGUACCUUUGAAAACUACCUGAGAACUAGACUUGAUAUUUAUUUAGCAUUAGGGCUUAUAGGCUUUGUUCUCCGAAAGGGUUUAAUCUCGAGGUUGUGAAUGUAAAUAACCAUUUGAGUUCUUUAUAAUGUGACGUUUUGUUUCUGUUCCUCAGGGUUACUGUUUCUAACUGUACUUUUGUAAGAUCCCGGGUUCUUUUCCCCAGGUUGCAGUAAAGAAUAGAUUUGCCACUGUUGGUUUCGUGCCGCAUCUGUUUGUCAGUAUGCGCUUUCUACCGCCAGACCCAUCCCAGCGAUUAGCAUUUCGUCCCACCGCCGGUCUCUUUGCACUGUCCCCUCCUGGCUAUUUUAGACACAACGAGAAUGUCUAACAAAUACAAACCAAAUGGAACAUGUAAAAAUAAUGUACAUUUUCGCUGUAUUUUUAAGUUAUUGACGGUCUAAAUACAGUAAUAUAAACCUCA